UUGUGGAACAGCGUUAUCAAACUGAUAUGAGCCCUGCUGGCAUUUAAAAACAUCGAAGUUGUUACAACACUGAGACACAAAACACCGAAAAGACAGCCAUGGUCUCAGGUCUGUCACAUUUCCUUCUGGUUCUGUCUGCUCUGGCUGUGGCUCAGGCCCAGCUCAAGGUGUUUAACUUGCGUGCCAGUGGUCUACCCUCUGACAUUCUGGGGAUCACUGAUGGCUAUGUCAAGGUGUUUUGCAGCUCCGAGUAUCUGGGCAAAACAGAGGUCCGUGAUGACAAUGCCAACCCCUGGUGGGAGGAAGAGUUCUCCCACUUUAAGGCCCAGGAGGGUGACGUUUUGAGGCUUGAGGUUUAUGACCGUGAUUUAGUCUUCCACGACCUGUUAGGAGUGUGUCAGAGACAGAUCCGACCUGGAACCCAUGAGCACGACUGCUACCUGAAGAAAGGUGGCACCCUCCAUUAUGUCUAUAACCUCAACCAAAGCAACCAAUAAGCAUGAAAUUCAACUUAUAGUUUUCUUUUAAAAGUUACAAGCAUUUCCUCAAAGGAGUCCUGAAGUUGCGGUACGCAAAGCUAUGGAUUUCUCACUGUAGUCCUUUGACAAUUUCAUGGUAAACAACUCAUUGGCUGUUUCACUGUUUUUCAAUGUUGUUGAAAGGGUAUACAGUAAAGUAUGUUUA